AUGCCCUCUUGCUGUAAAUCUAUGGAAUGUUCUCUUAGAAUAUGUACAUCAUAUGAUGUCAUUUCGAUUAUACUUGUGAAUGCUACUACCCUACUGAAACUCUAA